UUUUUCCUAUCUUUAGAAGUCUGGGAAACUGAUCACAAGAAAGGCAGGAGGCAAGAAAACCAGCGUAAACCUAUGUGGGAAGUUGCAUUCAUCAGUAAGAAAACGCUGACCAAGGAACGAGGUAACGUAAUAGGAAAACCAUUUAACCUGGACACAAAUUCGUUUCCUUCCAGAGAAAGCCUCUGUCAGUGUGACUCAUAUGGAGUGAGUUUCAGCUGUAUUUCUGAAUUGUGUAUCAAUAAGAAAAGACGUUUGGGAAAAAAGACUGGUGAAUUUAGUGCCUAUGGAAAAUUGCUACUCAGUAUUAAACACGAGAAAACUCCUACUAGCGAGAAAAGUGAAUUUUUUAAACAUGGAGAAACUUUCAGUCAGGUUGAGGACUCUGUUGAUAGUGAGAAGAUUCAAAGUGCAGAGCAAAAUUUUGAAUAUUACAUGUAUCAAGAAACCUUCCCCGAAAAGGCAACAUUGAGUACGUACAAGAGAGAGAUCACUGAAGAGAAUCACUCUGAAUGUAUUGAAUAUGGGAGCACCUUCUUUCCUAACUCCUCUUUCCUGUUACAUCACAUGAAUGCCUCCGAAGAGAAUCACUGUGGACUGCGUGGUUGUGGGAAAUCGUUAUGUGUGAAGUCCACCCUUUUGAAACCUCAUGGGGCACGUAUGAAACCCUCGGAGUGUAGUGAGAGUGGGGAUCAUUUCCGGGGGGAUUUAUGCCUUCCACGACUUCAGAAAACUCAUAAAGGAGAGAAACACUUUGAAUGCAAUGAAUGUGGGAAAGCGUUUUGGCAUAAGUCCCACCUCACUCGACAUCAAAGGAUACACACGGAAGAGAAAUGCUUUCAGUGUGAUGAAUGUGGAAAAACUUUCUGGGAGAAGUCAGACCUCACGAAACAUCAGAGAUCACACACGGGGGAGAAGCCCUAUGUGUGCAACGAGUGUGGUAAAGCCUUCAGCCACAAGUCAGCCCUCACGAUACACCAGAGAAUACAUACAGGGGAGAAACCCUAUCAGUGUAGCGCAUGUGGGAAGACUUUUUACCAGAAGACAGACCUCACCAAACACCAAAGAACACACAUAGGGCUGAAACCCUAUGAAUGCUAUGAAUGUGGGAAAUCCUUUUGGAUCAAUUCACACCUUAUCCUGCAUCAGAGAACUCAUACGGGGGAGAAACCAUUUGAAUGUCCUGACUGUAGGAAAUCUUUCUGUCGGAAGGAAUAUCUUACACAACAUCAGAGAACCCACGUAAAGGAUAAGCCCUACAAAUGUAAGGCAUGCGGGAAAAGUUUCUACCACAAGUCAGUACUCACCAGGCAUCAGAAAAUUCAUACAGAGUUAAAACGUUAUGAAUGUUGCGAAUGUGGGAAAACGUGUUUGAAGUCUGACCACAUGGUGCAUCAGAGAAACACAGGGGAGAAACCCUUUGUGUGUCCUGAAUGUGGGAAAUCCUUCAGCCGUAAAUCUACCCUCUCUCAACAUCACAGGACACAUACAGGGGAGAAACCGUUCGAGUGUCAAGAAUGUGGAAAAAUCUUCUAUAAUAAAUCGUCCCUAAGUAAACAUACUAGGAUACACACAGGGGAGAAACCCUACGGAUGUAAUGAAUGUGGGAAAACUUUCUGCCAGAAGUCUCAGCUCACUCAGCACCAGAGAAUCCACAUAGGUGACAAACCUUACGAGUGUAACCAAUGUGGAAAGGCUUUCUGUUAUAAGUCAGCUCUAAUUGUGCACCAGAGAACUCAUACAAAAGAAAAGCCCUAUAAAUGUAAUGAAUGUGGGAAGUCUUUCUGUGUCAAGUCAGGACUUACUUUACAUCAGAGAAAACACACAGGGGAGAAACCCUACGAAUGUAAUGAAUGUGGAAAAUCUUUUGUCCAGAAGUCUAGGCUCACUCAGCACCAGAGAAUGCACAUAGGAGAGCAACCCUAUGAAUGUAAUGAAUGUCGAAGGGCUUUCUGUGAUAAAUCAGCUCUAAGUGUGCACCAGAGAACUCAUACAGAAGAAAAACCCUAUAAAUGUAAUGAAUGUGGGAAAUCUUUCUAUUUGAAGUCAGGACUUCUUAUACAUAAGAGAAAACACACAGGGGAAAAACCCUACAAAUGUAACCAAUGUGGGAAAUCCUUCAUUCAUAGAUCUUCUCUCACAGUGCAUUAUAGGGUUCACACAGGGGAGAAAUCUUGUCAGUGUAAUGAAUGUGGGAAAAUUUUUUACCGUAAAUCAAACCUUGUUAACCAUCAGAGGUCACACACAGGCGAGAAGCCCUAUGAAUGUAACACAUGUGGAAAGCCCUUCUCUCAGAAGUCAAACCUCAUUGUACAUCAGAGAACACACACGCAAGAGAAACCUUAGGAUUGCAGUGGGUCUUAGGAAUGUUGAGGUGUGGUUCAGCAGUCGCUCCGCUUCAGAGAACUCACGUUGUAGAGGAAGCAAUGUCGAUGUCCUGAAUGUUGAAUAACUUUCGUCCACAAACUGGCCUUAUUUUACCCCGAAGUAGACUGCAACACAUAAAGGACAGUCUUGUUAAGGAACAUUCCUUUGAAUGUCCCUAGCAAAUGCGGGCAUAGAACCUUGAAGAUGUUUUGAUUUUAUAAGAUUUGUUUUUAGCUAAAAUACAAAGUAGGUUAUGUUAAUUUCUAUUAAGGAGAAAUCUUUCAAUUUGAGACAAAGAGCUUGAAGAUUGUCUUUAGAGGUAAUAUAAUAUUGGAAGUUGUGUUUUGGUUUUGAUGCCUUAUUACUUUAGGCAACAUAAGAAGUUGUAAUUUUUAGAGGAAUAUUGUGCAGUGUACAACAAAAAAAUGUAAAAUGAAACAAUAAACUGAAAACAAGUAA